AUGGAUUCUUGCACUCUUUGGAAACUUCCCCCAGAGCUUCGUGAACAGAUUUACGCCCAUGUCUUCACCCCUGGACCGGAGCACAACUGCUACCUGUCGAAGCCACGGCUCCAGAUCAGGAGUGGUAAUGUUUACCUCAAGCCAAGCACGUUGCGGUCCAUAAGGAAGUCGGAUGUAAACGGCCAGGCAUUGCUACGGACUUGCAACACUAUAUAUGCGGAGGCGCUGCCUGUGUUCUAUGGCUUCUUCGAGUUCGACUGCGAGAUCAACGACAGUCCGGAAAACCGCAACAGCCAGCCCUUCCACCAAGAUGACAUCAACAGCGCUUUCAACAUGGGCAGGCUUGAGAACUGCGCUCUCAUCCAGCAUAUGCGCCACCUGAGGCUGAUCAUCGAUCAGCGAAGGCUGCAUGAAGUACCCUUGCUCCAGCGCAGACUGGAGCUUUUCAUCGAUGCACUUCAGACCAAUGGCAAGCUAAAUGUCUGGCUGCUUGCCUUGAACUUCUAUCCAGAGACCAGUGAUGCACUAGGAAAUCAUGCUGGCUACGGCGACCCCAUCGCUGAAGUGCUUGGACGUCUUAAGGUUCAGAAUCCAGUUCGCAUCAACAUUCACCACAGGGAGGCAAUCGCCGCAAGCAGGUUCGAGAUGCUAAUGCAUAAUCUGAACGGUGUGGAUCUUGGGGGUAUGGCUGGAAGAGGAGGGUUUAUCAACAUCUUCAAUCCUGAUGAAGCAGUUGGACAACAGGCAUCAUGCAACCUGUCCCGUAGAUGA